GUGGUUAUCUUAGUUUGGAAUGGACCGCAUUUUAGACCGAAAUUCCUUCAAAUAACAAAAAUAUGCUGUCUCAAGUAUCAAUAACAAAGGAGAUGUCGGGGUCCCUCCAUUCUCGUCAAAAGAGUGUAUCAUCGUUCGUCGUUUCAAUCCCUGAAGACGCAACUGGCAACGAGCAGAUUUUAAAGUCAUUAAACGAAUUAUACAGCCCUGUGCUGAAGUUGUUGAAGCUUUUCGGAGCGUACUAUGGACAAACUAAUUUAAAACACUUGGAAUGCACGCCGACCAGUCGACAAGGAAGGAAUAUAUGCUCGAAAAUGUAUUGUGGUCUGAUGAUAUCCCUUUUAUGUUUAAACUUCGUUAUGGCUGUCUCCGGGAUUUUUGCUUCAGGGGCAGUAUUCGUGUUUUUGAUGUUUACUCUUGGCAACCUUUUAAUAGUUAUCUGUGGAAUAACCUCAUUGAUUGUUCUUCCUCUGGCUAUUGGCAAAAAGUCACGAUUCCAACAAUAUCUUCUGAGCUUAUUAGAAAACAGCAGAGGUAUUAAUUUAAAUUCAGUGAAGAAAAAGUCGAGAAAAGGCUUCAUAGUUCUCUGUUUACUUUAUGUGGAAACUGUUACGUUUUCUAUUGUUAGUGAUCAGAAAUUGAACUUUGGCCUUGCUUGUUGUAAGCCUUGGAAUGAGUGGUAUGGCUUUCGAGUGAUUGCGCAGUUCUCUUUAUUUACUGGGAGUGCUGUUUGGUUACUUUCGAUGUAUUUCUUCUAUCUAACCUGUAGAAUCCUUCUAAAAUGUUUUGAUGGGCUUUAUAAGAGAAUGUCAUCACUACCUCCGCUCUCAGCGAACUUUACAUCUUUAAAAAUGGAACAUCACAGGUUAUGCGAGGUGGUCGAACUUGCCGACAAGAUGCUCGCUUCACUCCUUCUCGGGGUUGUGGCGUUAUACAUCCCAAUGUUGUGCAUCAGUUUCUACAACUCCGUCAUUUUCCGAGAGGAUAUGAAGUUAAUGGCCCUUGCUACCACUCUUUCCUGGUGUUUUGUUGCGGCAGGAAUCUUAGCAACUGUCCUGUUCUUUGGAUCUAAAGUCAACGAAAAGAUUCACAGUUUUCAGAGCAUUUUGCAAACUAUGCCCGUCUCUACAGCGGAGGAAGCUAAGGUACUGUUGUUUUUACUCGACCUUCAAGGAGAACCGAAGGGUUUAUCAAUUGGAGGACUGCUUGUCAUAACCAAGUCCACAUCCUUAGCGAUUGCUGGGGUAAUAGUGUCCUACUUUGCAGUUCUCUUAUCUUUACCGCGUUGACGUUUAAAAGAUAUGACACUGUUUAGUUCUUUAGAAAUGCAAAAUGCAUUAAAAGAUGUGUCGAUUCUUAGACUUCCAUCGAAAAUUAAUCACAAGUACUGAAAAUUUUGAUCAUGUUGAAGUAAAAUCUAAUUAUUGUUUUGUUCCAUGUUGGUUGAACCUAUAACCUCCAGUGUACUUGCUAUUUUGGAGCUCGUCCUUAAGUUAUAAUUUUUUCUGAAGAGGCACUUUUCCAAUAACCGAAGGAAAUUGUGACUAAAGAAAAAAGAACAUACUUCCAAAUUUAAUAACUCUUACAUUGUUUAGCAAAUGAUGUAAAUAUUUUAGAUGUCCCAUGAUAGGUUUAGUGAACACCAUGUAGAUAGUAUUUCUGUUAGUAGAGAAAAAGUAUUUUCAACACAUUUAGCAUUUUGGCGCUGUAAUGAAAAGUUUUUAUUUUGCGUGAUAUUAGUAGCUGUGUCUCUAAAGUAAUGAUAUCAGUACUUUUUUCAUAGGGGGCCAAGUAAGUCUUACUUGAUAGAUGGCAUUUCGUGAGAGAAUUAUUAUAAUCAUUACGUUUUCAUUAGUUUAACAUUGUAAACCUGCUAACUAAAAACCCAUCUUGAU